CAUGGCUGCAACCACUAGUCGGCUACGUGAACUUUUUCUAAUACUUUUAACAGCUUCGACAGCGGUGUCUUGGGACACUGAAGAGUUGGAAAUAUUUGAUCUUGUUGAAGAAAUUAAUAGAAAUUUUUAUGAAGUGUUAAAUGUCGAUCAGAGUGCCACUAGUACCGAAAUUAAGAAAGCCUACCGGAAACUGUCUCUACAGCUUCAUCCUGAUAAGAAUAGUGCCCCAGAUGCAGAGCAGCAGUUUAGACAGAUGGUUGCAGUUUAUGAAGUAUUAAAGGAUGAAGAAAGACGGAGCAGGUAUGACCGUGUUCUGGUGGAAGGCCUGCCCGACUGGCGACAACCAGUCUUCUAUUACCGCCGUGUUCGGAAACUGGGCAUGCUGGAACUGUCUGGUCUGCUGGCUCUAAUCAUCACCAUAGGCCAGUACCUUGUUGCCUGGUCCGUCUAUUUUGAGAGGAAACUGUCUUUGGAAGAUUUCUUUGAAAGUAAAAUGAAGAAAGAACAGAAGAAAAGAAGGAAAAACAAACAAGAAGCAGUUGAUCUCGAGGAAGAGAUACAGGAAGAACUAAAAUCUAUACCCAAACCCAGAGUCCUUGACCUUUGGCCAUUCCGCUUCCCAGGAUUCCUUGUAUAUCUGGUGAAGUCACUUCCUGGCCUGGUGAUGUGGCUGAAAGAAAGUUUUUCAAGGACACCCGACUCAGAAGAUGAAGAUUCUGAUGAUGAAGUAACUACCUCAGAGAUUGUACGUAAGCCCAAGAAGAAGCGUGUUGAGAUUCCAGUCUAUCAAGCGGAGUUGUACGAAGGAGCUAUGCCGGUAGUUGGUGCAGAGUGUACCUUGCCGUCACAUGAUGAGGAUUCAGAACACAAGCAAAUAAAGGUUGGCAAGUGGACUGAUGAAGAGAUGGUGCUGCUGGUGAAAGCUAAUAACAAGUUUCCUGGUGGGACUCAUCUUAGGUGGGAGAAAAUUGCAGACUUUGUUGGCCGGUCUGUGGAGGAGGUUCAGAUGAAAUCCAAGACAUUAAAGGGUUCUUACAGUAUGAAUCUCAGUUCAUCUAUUCAAGGUGGAAAUCCAAAAUUGAAGUUGGGGAAGAAACUGUGUGACAUCAGUGAUGAAAUAAUUACAAAGCAAGACAGUGCAUACACGGACGGUAUUGAUGAGGACAGACAGACAAGAAGACGGACAAAACUUCCCAAAACUGCAGAACGAACAUUAGUAAUAGCUCAAAAACCAGCAGAAGCAUCAAAACAUGGAACAAACGGAGUAUCAAACAAAAGUUCAGGAAAUUCUGAUUUAAAACCAGCAGAGAGUGAGGAUUUGUGGACACAGAAUCAACAGAUGAUCCUGGAAUACAUGUUAAGACAAUAUCCUAAGGGAACAGACAAGCGAUGGGAAACAAUAGCUGAACACAUACCAGGAAAAUCCACGGAAGAAUGCAUGGCUCGAUUCAAGUACUUAGUCGAUCUUGUCAAGAAAAAGAAGGAAGCAGAAAGAAAAGAUUCUUGAAUGUUGUCUUGUUCAAUUUCAAAAUGGCCCUUAUGGUCACGUGGUGCUGGCAUUUUACACAUUUAAUUUAUUAUUGGUUGUGUGACUAAAUAACUUACAUGUACAUUUGUAUCUGUAUGGUGCUGGCAUUGUACUAACAGCGCAGUCUCACAAUGUGACUUGCCUGUAGUGUCGUUCGAUAAUGGUUAGUCAUGGGGCAUACUGCAAUUGGAUUCAGUUACCUGUUCUAACCAGUGUUACAUGACUGGUAUGCAAAAAACUACAAUAUGUGUCUUGUCAUGGCUGUGGAAACACGCACAUUAUGAAAUGUUUGCUGUAUUCAGGAGUAGCUUACAUGUAUAUAUAAUACAUGUAGCAACAUGUUUUUUUUUUGUGCCGACAAAAGAAAUAAUCAAAAUUUACCAUAUGUUUGAUACCUAACUUAGCAUGUAAAUGGUGGCAGCAGGUUUACUUUAACUACAUGUUGUUUAGACAAAGUGUCAAAAUAAUGCUAAUCACCAAAUAGCUGUGGGUUACAACUAUACUGAGAUGGUGUCAACUAAACCGGUAUUCCUUUCAUUUCAUUUCACCAGUCAAAAUGUUAAUGUCUCACAUCCAAAUGUAAUUAUAUUGUAUAUACAGUGAAACCCAUCUAAACUGGACACCCUUGGUACCAAGUAAAAUGUCUGGUGUUAAGAGGUGUGUGGUUUAGAGAGGUUAAAUCUGUACUGAUUUUUAAAAAAGGACCAUAAAAAAUGUCCUGUUUUGGUGGAAUUCUGGUUUAGAGUUGGUCUGGUUUUCAGAGGUUUCACUGUAUACUAGUAUAUAUAUUGUACAUGUUUCAGAUUGUUACUGAAAACAUUUAUUUGUUUUGUUUAACGACAUCUCUAGAGCACAUUGAUUUAGUAAUCAUUGGCUAUUGGAUGUGAAACAUUUGGUAAUUCUAACAGUCAUAGAGAAACGAGAAGUAACCCAGUGGGCCCACCAACAGAGACUGAUCGUAAAUUGACGGUGCAGCGGGUGUGAUUUGCCACUGGACUACGUCCCUCCCUUCUGAUUGUUACUGAAAGUUACACUGUCAAAGUUCACCCUAAAGGCCUAAUCACACUGGAGAGUGUUGAUGAGAAGCUGUGCAGUGAAAAAAUGAAGUAAAGUUGACAAUGGUCACUUCUUGCACCCUUGUUUUGGCUUGGUACACCAAAAAUAUAACAUAUCUAUAUUACGGUAAUGUCACUGAAAUUCAUAUUUCAUAAAUAGUACGCAUUUUUUAUUAUACUAUUUCUUCAAACACAUCCAGCUGCAUUAGUAAUGUGCAAACAAACAAAAAUUCAAUAGCAAUUUCGCAUUGGAAUUUUUACAGCGUUCUGAAAAUGGAAACCUCAUGUCUCCAAUUUAUUGUUAUUGUAAGGAAUUACCAUUGGAUAUGUUAUAUUUAUUGUAUACGAAGCCAAACCAAGGGUGUGAACAGUGACUGUCGUCGACCUUAGUGCUUUUCAAAAGAUCCAGUCACACUGACCAUGGAACAGCCCAGUGGUAAACUGGUAAACUGCUCGCGAUAGAACUCAAAUCAAUUGUUUUUAAAUACUGCAUUGCAAAAUUGGAAUAUUACAAUUUGUUUUGUUUGUUUAAAAAUAUGAUAUGUAUGUAUGUGUAUAAUCAUUAUGUAUGUGUGUACAAAGAUAUAUAUAUAUAUAUAUAUAUAUAUAUAUAUAUACACACACACACGGUUGAGACUGGUCUUAACAGCCACCAUAAAUCCUGUCCAGUGCAUUUCGUUUAUUUUAUAUGUAUAUAAUGGCCACCUGUUUAACGCGGUUAGCGGCCACUAGACUGACCAAAAUGAACGGCCAUAAGAUAUAUACAUCUCUGUCACAGUUAAAUAUAAAGUCAGUGUUUUACCUAAGUUGAAGCAAACCGGGUACAUGUUCCAGUGCAUCAUUAAUCGUAUUUUCAUCUUAUAUAUCUGUGAUGUUGCAGGUCAUUUGCAAAGUGACUUGUCAUUGGUUGAAGAACACUAGCACCGAAGUUGCACAUACAUCCGACUCAACACUCAAAGGUAGUGUAUUCCAAAAUGUGUGAUUACUGAUUGCUAUAUAAAAGCUGUUUGCGGCAGUCUGCCAUGAUGUUUGUUCAGCCAUUACACAUUAAUAAACUUGCCCUUUUGUUAUUGUAUAAUGACUUCCUAGCUGCUACCUUUGUGUAUUUACAGUGAAUCCCCUGUAAGCAGGAUAUCUAUUGAACCAAGUAAAAUUGUCCCAGUUUUUAGGGGUUUGCAUUGACACAGAUGAUUUAGUUGUACUCUUGUUGUUUGUUUUCACAUGCAUUCUAUUCAUACUCAGCAUUAAAAUGUAUAUGUUUGGUGGUAAAGCACGGCCUUUUAUGUCUGGUUUCUUGAAGAUGUAUAGGUAUGUUUCAAUAAAGAACCUUUCUCUUA